AUGAGUAGUUUGUGUCUACAGCGUCUUCAGGAAGAAAGAAAAAAAUGGAGAAAGGAUCAUCCAUUUGGAUUUUAUGCCAAACCAGUUAAGAAAGCUGAUGGGUCCAUGGAUUUACAGAAAUGGGAAGCUGGUAUCCCAGGCAAAGAAGGUACAAACUGGGCGGGUGGUGUGUACCCAAUUACAGUCGAAUAUCCAAAUGAAUAUCCUUCAAAACCUCCAAAGGUUAAAUUUCCAGCCGGAUUUUAUCAUCCAAACGUGUAUCCAAGUGGCACAAUAUGUUUAAGUAUUUUAAAUGAAGAUCAAGAUUGGAGACCCGCCAUCACGUUAAAACAAAUUGUUCUUGGGGUUCAGGAUCUUUUAGACUCUCCAAAUCCAAAUUCCCCUGCUCAAGAGCCUGCAUGGAGAUCAUUUUCAAGAAAUAAGGCGGAAUAUGACAAGAAAGUUUUGCUUCAAGCUAAACAGUACUCUAAAUAG